AUGACCUUGAACACCGCACUACGAAGGAGGGUUUAUUCGCAGCUUGAGACAGGCGCUACUGAAGCGGACUACCUGAUGAUCGCGGGCUUCUUGUCGGACCUGUGUCCGGAUUUCAUGCUUUUGAAGACAUCGUGGGGGCGUCUGCCGCUGAUGAAGGAGGCUGGGCAGGGGAAUAGGAGUCUGGAAUACGAGCACCUGGAGAUGCGUGAGGCGUGGAGACAGAUUGAGAAGUAUGCGAUGGCGAUGGCGAAGGUUCAGAAGCAGGAACGGGAGUGGUUGUGGCAAGGUGUAGAAUACAAUGGCCCGUAUCCUCUCCCAAUCAUUGGCAAUUUAUUCGACGUGCCGAAGUCCAAACCAUGGAUCGGCUUCCGGGAUAUAUGCAUGAAGUAUGGCGAUGUGAUUUUCCUACGGACACAAAGCCAAUCCCAUCUCGUCCUCAACAGCCGCGCCGCCAUUUCGGAGCUCCUGGACAAGCGUACCGCAAACACUUCAGAUCGACUUGUGUGCCCUUCAACUAGACUCGUCGGGGGUGAGUGGGUGUUGGGAGUGAUGAGUUACGGCGCGAGGUGGAGGAGCUAUAGGCGUGCGUUCUGGCAGCAUUUCCGCCCAGGAGCAAUCGACCGUUACCGUCCCGUGCAACUCGCUGCUGUCCGCACAUUUCUCGGCAAGCUACUGCAUGAUCCCGAGAAUCUCAAGCGGCAUAUCAAUUUCACGGUCGCGACUGCGCUACUGAAGAUCACAUAUGGAAUCGAAGUUGAAGACGAAAAGAGUGAAUUACUGGAAAGGGUCGACACCGCCUUAGAUGGAACCGCCCAAAUCAUGGUGCCUGGCAGGUUCGCCGUGGAUUACAUUCCCCUCUUAGAACACGUUCCAGCUUGGUUCCCUGGUGCCGGAUACCAUGACGUAUUCAAGCAGCUGAGAAGCAAGGACAUGCAGUUCAAGGAACUUUUACUCGCCUCGCGCAGCACGGUAUCGCCAUAUGGUGCACAAUACCAUGCGAAGCCUAUCGUUGAUAUUUUACUAUCAAAAACGUCAAACGGCUUAGUCUCGUAUAAUGAGCUGGCUCAAGAUGUGACAGCCGUCGCGUUGGCAGCCGGCGCAGAUACAUCGAUGGCUACGUUACAAGCCACAUUCCUUGCGCUGUCGCUGUAUCCUGAAGUUCAGAAGAAGGCACAAGCGGAGUUAGAUGCUGUCGUGGGACCAAGUCGCCUGCCCAAUUUCGGUGAUCGCGAUUCGCUUGUUUACGUGAACGCAAUAGUGAAAGAGUCAUUCCGCUGGUUCACCGUCACGCCACUGGGCAUCUCACAUUGCACUGUCGAGGACGAUGAGUUUCGAGGGUACUUCAUACCCGCUGGUACAGUCCUCACCGCGAAUAUUUGGGCCGUAAUGCACGAUCCCAACACGUACGAGAAUCCCGACGAGUUCUAUCCGGAACGCUUCAUCCGGAACGGGAAACUGGAUCCUAACGUCGUCGAUCCGUCCGCAUUCGUUUUCGGCUCCGGUAGAAGGAUAUGCCCGGGGAGAUACUUUGCCGACGCUUCACUUUUCCUCAAUGUUGCCUCCAUUCUGCACGCCUUCCACAUAUCUCCGCCUGUUGACCAGGCUGGGCAGCCUAUCAAAGUCGGGGUUGCGAUGUCGGACCGCUUCAUCUCGUAA